ACCCACUGCUGGGGGACUCGGGGGGACCUUCUGCUGCACUUCCCUGCCAUCACUGGGGUUUCUGUUUUAUUUUCCUGGAGGGGAAAGGGGCCAGGGGGGAAACCAAAGCCAACAUGGUCUCCUCGUGUCCUCUGCCCCCCUCUUUCCCCUUUUCCCUUCUGUCAUCUCAGUAGGAACCGGCUUUUUCUUACCCUGCCCAGAGCUUUCUAACUCCUCAGACUCUGACAAGACUCCAGGAAGGAAGCCAAGAUGGAUUACAGCUCGCUCAGUGGAGUUCCCCGGUUCCUGACCCGGCCGAAGGCGUUCAUGGUGUCUGUGGGGAAGGAUGCCACCUUGAGCUGCCAGAUCAUCGGAAACCCCAUCCCAGUGGUGAGCUGGGAAAAGGAUAAGCUUCCAGUCCAGUCUGGGGGAAGGUUUAAAACCACAGAGGACGGGGAUCUCUAUCGGCUAACGAUCUACGAUCUGAACCUGGAGGACAGCGGUCAGUACAUCUGCCGGGCCAAGAACACCAUCGGGGAAGCUUUUGCAGCCGUCAGCAUCAAAGUGGGAGAGGAGACCACGGUGACAGAGUCAGCCCCGUACUUCAUCCAGAAGCCCUCCUCCAUCAAAGUGACCCUGGGAGAAGACGUCAUGUUCAAGUGCAAAGUCCAGGGCAGCCCUCCCAUCUCGGUGAACUGGGAGAAGGAUGGGAGAUACCUGAGGAACCGGGCUGAUGCUGGACGCUUCCAGAUCGAGUCUGCUGGGGAGUCAAACGCUCUCACCAUCCAGUGUGCCCGGCUGGGGGACAGCGGCACCUACACCUGCCGGGCAGAGAAUCUCAUCGGCUCUGCCAGCGCCUCGGCCGCGCUGGUGGUGGAAACAAAAGGUUCUUCCAACCCUGGCAGCAGCAGCCACCUUGAUGCCGGCUACGGCAAGACAGCCUCCUUGCUGUCCCACUUGCAGAAGAGGCGGGAGGAGAUCAGGAAGACGGACAUCACCCGCGGGGCUUUCGAUUCCACGUCUGCCCAGUCUUACUCCACGGCAGAAGGGUUGUCUGGCCUCAGCUACAGCCUCUCCCGGGAUUACGAGAGGGCAGCCGGGCUUGCCACCAAAGGGGCCCGCAAUGCCACCUUCGGGGCCCUGACCCGCACGUGCAGCGUGACGGAGGGGAAGCACGCCAAGCUGAGCUGCUACGUGACGGGGGAGCCCAAGCCCGAGAUUGUGUGGAAGAAGGACAAUGAGGUCAUUCUGGAAGGGCGGCGGCACGUCAUCUACGAGGAUGACCAGGAGAACUUCGUGCUGAAGAUCCUCUUCUGCAAGCAGGUAGACAACGGGCUGUACACCUGCACGGCCUCCAACCUGGCAGGCCAGACCUACAGCUCGGUGCUUGUCACUGUCAAAGAACCCUCAAUACCCUUCAAGAAAAAGCUGAAGGAUCUCGAAGUGAGGGAGAAGGAAUCUGCCACCUUCCAAUGUGAAGUGCCUGUUCCUAGUACAGAGACAGCUUGGUUCAAGGAGGAAACCAAACUGCAGCAGAGCACCAAGUACAACAUCGAGGAGGAGGGCACGUACCGCCGGCUCACUGUCCAGAACGUCACUGCAGAUGAUGAUGCUGUCUACAUCUGUGAGAUGAAAGAAGGGAGCAGGACCAUCGCUGAGCUGUCUGUCCAAGGGAACAUCGUUAAAAAGCUACCACGGAAGACUGCAGUUUUCACAAAUGAUACAGCCAUCUUCUGUGUGGAGCUGGACAAUGAAUGCCAGAACAUCCGAUGGCUGAAAAAUAAGGAAGAAGUGAAACCCAGUGACCGAAUCUCCAUCACGUGCUCUGGCAAGCAACACACCAUGAUCAUCCGAGAGUGUAAGAUGGAAGAUGCUGGUGAGAUUGUCUUCCUGGCUGGUGAAAGCAGGACUUCUACCCAGUUCACUGUGACCACUCCCAAAAAACCUCCCACCCAACCUCCAGCUGACCCUGUGGUGAAAAAUAAAACAGAAACCUCAGUGACACUGGCAUGGUCCCCUCCGAAGAUGAGCCGCCCCGUUCCCAUCGAUGGCUACGUGGUGGAACGCAAGAAACUGGCUGGCUUCACCUGGGUGAGGUGCCACGAGUCUCACGUCCCCGUCACAGAGUUCACAGUCAACAACCUGUCAGAAGAGGCUGACUAUCAGUUCAGAGUGUCUGCAGUCAACACCUACGGACAGAGCCCCUACCUGGAGUUCCCGGGGAGCGUGCGCCUCGAACCUGUCCUGGCUGUGAAAACCCCACUAACAACUGUUGAAGCUGUACCAGGAGGGGAUGCCCUGUUUACUCUUGACCUUACAAAGAUGUGUUCUGGCACUUGGUACCUUAAUGGUAAAGUGUUACAGGAAAGUGAGACCUGUAUCAUUAAGAGAACUCAAAAUACUCACACCCUCAUAAUAAAGAACAUCACCAAAAACCAUGAUGGAGCAGAAGUAAAAUUUGUUGCCAAUAAUGUUGACACCAGCACCAAGAUGAGAGUGAAAGGUGCUGCAGUGAGAUUUAUCAACAAGAGCAGAGAUAUAGAAAAGGUUUCUGCUUGGCUGCGGGAGGAAACCAAACUUCAGGCUGAGCUUUCAGACACAGAAGCUACUGUGAAGUGGCUGAAGGAUGGGAAAGAACUCAAGGCCAAUGAAAAAUAUGAACUUCAAACCGUGGGGAAGAGGCACAUCCUGAAAAUCCGCAACACUGCAGCAGAGGAUGCUGGAGUCUACGAGUGUGUUUGUGAAGAGGAUAAAAUGCUCUAUCAGCUUUCAGUGAAAGCACUUGCAAACUUCGUAAACAAAGAGAAAAGUGGAGGAGUUAUCAGGGCCACUGCUGGAAAACAGGCUGAAUUUGUUUCUGAGACCUCAGAGGCCAAUGUCACGGUUAAGUGGUACAAAGAGGGCAAAGAAAUCACAGCCAGUAAGAAAUUCACCAUGGAAGAUAAAGGGAAACUACAUAAGCUUGUGGCUUCAGCUGUGACAAAAGAAGAUGAAGGAAGGUACACAUGCAAAAUUGGAGAUGACACUCUUACAUUUGAUUUAAAAGUCUCAGAUGAAGCUGUUAACUUUGUCAACAAACCCAAAGCAACUCCAGAAAUCUCAGUCAGCCCUUCUGAAAACCUUGAGCUGGUGUGUGAGGUGUCAGCUGCGAGUGGAGCUGUGGUGUGGAAGAAGGAUCAAACUGAGGUCAAGCAGGACCAGAGGACAACCAUCAUCUCCCAGGGGACACACUGUAAGCUCAUCAUCAAGAAGGUGACACAGCAAGACCAAGGGAGCUACACCUGUGAAACAAAGGACGACAGGACAGCAUUCCAAGUCAAAGUCAGAGAAACAGAAGAUGUGUUUACAAACAAGGAGAAGAUGCAGAAGGAGGUGAAAGCUGCAUUGUCAGAAAAUGCCACACUGAGCUGCGAGGUGGCCCAGGAGAAGACCGAUGUGAAGUGGUACAAGGAGGGGAAACUGAUCACCUCGAGCAAGAAGUUCAAGGUGGAGUCAGAGGGCAAAUCACGUCGGCUGGUGGUGGGACAAGUGGAGAAGAAAGAUGCUGGGGAGUACACCUGUGAGGCUGCUGGCCAGAAACUGACCUUCAAGAUUGUCACCACAGAAGCAGAAGAUGCGUUUGUCAACAAGGAGAAGGUGCAGAAGGAGGUGAAAGCUGCACUAUCAGAAAAUGCCACACUGAGCUGCGAGGUGGCCCAGGAGAAGACCGAUGUGAAGUGGUACAAGGAGGGGAAACUGAUCACCUUGAGCAAGAAGUUCAAGAUGGAGUCAGAGGGCAAAUCACGUCGGCUGGUGGUGGGACAGGUGGAGAAGAAAGAUGCUGGGGAGUACACCUGUGAGGCUGCUGGCCAGAAACUGACCUUCAAGAUUGAUGUCACAGAAGCUGAAGAUGCUUUCACCAACAAGGAGAAGGUGCAGAAGGAGGUGAAAGCUGCACUGUCAGAAAAUGCCACACUGAGCUGUGAGGUGGCCCAGGAGAAGACUGAUGUGAAGUGGUACAAGGAGGGGAAACUGAUCACCUCGAGCAAGAAGUUCAAGGUGGAGUCAGAGGGCAAAUCACGUCGGCUGGUGGUGGGACAGGUGGAGAAGAAAGAUGCUGGGGAGUACACCUGUGAGGCUGCUGGCCAGAAACUGACCUUCAAGAUUGUCACCACAGAAGAAGAAGAUGCUUUCACCAACAAGGAGAAGGUGCAGAAGGAGGUGAAAGCUGCACUAUCAGAAAAUGCCACACUGAGCUGCGAGGUGGCCCAGGAGAAGACCGAUGUGAAGUGGUACAAGGAGGGGAAACUGAUCACCUCGAGCAAGAAGUUCAAGGUGGAGUCAGAGGGCAAAUCACGUCGGCUGGUGGUGGGACAGGUGGAGAAGAAAGAUGCUGGGGAGUACACCUGUGAGGCUGCUGGCCAGAAACUGACCUUCAAGAUUGAUGUCCCAGAUGAUGUGUUUGAACACAAAGACAAAGUGCAGAAGGAGGUGAAGGCAGUGCUGAAUGAGAACAUCACACUGAGCUGCGAGGUGGCCCAGGAGAAGACCGAUGUGAAGUGGUACAAGGAGGGGAAACUGAUCACCUCGAGCAAGAAGUUCAAGGUGGAGUCAGAGGGCAAAUCACGUCGGCUGGUGGUGGGACAGGUGGAGAAGAAAGAUGCUGGGGAGUACACCUGUGAGGCUGCUGGCCAGAAACUGACCUUCAAGAUUGAUGUCCCAGAGCCAGAAGUUGUGUUUACAAACAAGGAGAAGGUGCAGAAGGAGGUGAAAGCUGCAUUGUCAGAAAAUGCCACACUGAGCUGCGAGGUGGCCCAGGAGAAGACUGAUGUGAAAUGGUACAAGGAGGGGAAACUGAUCACCUCGAGCAAGAAGUUCAAGGUGGAGUCAGAGGGCAAAUCACGUCGGCUGGUGGUGGGACAGGUGGAGAAGAAAGAUGCUGGGGAGUACACCUGUGAGGCUGCUGGCCAGAAACUGACCUUCAAGAUUGAUGUCACAGAGCCAAAACCUGCAUUCAUAGACCAGGAAAAAGUCCAGACGGAGGUGAAGGCUGUCCUGACAGAAAGUGCCACCCUCAGCUGUGAGGUGGCACAAGAUGCCACCGAAGUGAAAUGGUUCAAGGAUGGAAGACUGCUCGUUUCUUCUAGAAAAUUCAAAAUAGAGACUGUGGGCAAAACCCGGCGCUUGGUUAUAGAGCAGCUGGAGAAGAAAGAUGCUGGAGAAUAUACCUGUGAAGCUGCUGGCCAGAAGCUCACCUUCAAGUUGGAACCAACUGAACCAGAAGCUAAAUUUGAAAAUAAAGUUGUCCAGAAGGAGCCUCUCAUUGUUCAAGAACAUGAAAGCAUCAUACUGAUGACUUCAGUAACGCCUGAAACUGCUGCAGUGAAGUGGUUCAAGGAUGGAACAGAAAUCAAGGCGAGCAAGAAAUGUGAGAUCAAGAGUGAGGGGGCAUCCAGGACCCUGAGGGUGAACCUGGCUGAGAGCACAGACACUGCUGUGUACACUUGCCAGACAAAGAAUGACAAGCAGGAAUUCAAAGUGCAAGUGAAAGAAAUCCCAGUGAAGUUUGCAAAAAAACUUGAGGCCGUUAAUGCUGAGAUUGGGGGCAGUGUCUCUUUGACCUGCGAGGUGAGCCACGCCAAAGGGAAGGUGGUGUGGUACAGAAAUGGUGUCCAGAUCAAGCCCAGCAAACGUUUCCAGAUCCAUGAGGAUGGGGUGAAGAGAACUCUGACAAUAUCAGGGGUCCGGGCUGAGGAUGAGGGAGAAUACUCCUGUGAGUCCAGAGAUGACAAGAGCAGCAUUUCCGUCACUCCCAAAGCUCCCAGAGUGGUGAAAUUCGUGACGAGUCUCAGCAGCGUGGUGUCUGAGGAAGGAAAAGAGGCCGUGUUCAAGUGCACUGUCUCUCCCAGUGAUGCUGUGGUCACUUGGCUCAGGAAUGGUGCCAAGAUUGAAGCCAGCAAGAAGUACGUGAUCUCGCAGGAGGGCACCAACCACAGCCUCACCAUCACUGACCUGACGCUGGAAGAUGCAGCCGAAAUCUCCGCCAGCGCUGAGGGGGUGGAAAGCAGAGCCAGCCUCCGAGUGCGAGAGGCUUCAAUCUCAUUCAAGAAGAAACUGGAGACCAGAACAGUUGAAGAGAGGGACACAGUGACCUUGGAGGUAGAGCUGACCAAGCCUGCAGAGGUGAAGUGGAUGAGGAACAGCAUUGUAUUGAAGCCCAGUGAAAAAAUAGAGAUCAAAGCUGAGGGAACAAAGCAUACCUUGGUGGUUAAGGACAUCUCCUUUGCAGACAGGGGCUUCUACUGCUGUGAGAGUCCUGAUGACAAGACUCAAGCCAAGAUCAAUGUGGAAAUGAGGCAAAUCAAGCUGGUGAAAGGUCUUCAGCCCCUCCAAGUCUCUGAGAAAGGGACCGUCACCUUUGAGGUGGAGGUGUCGCAUGAGGAGGUGGAAGGGACCUGGCAGAAGGACGGCGUUCGGCUGAAGCCUUCACCAAACAUCAGUAUUGGUGUCCAGGGGAAGAAACAUUCACUGACUCUUUCUUCGGUGACUCUUGAGGACUCAGGACUCAUCUCCUUCAAAGCAGAGGGUGUUCAUUCAUCAGGGAAGCUCACUGUGACAGAAUUGCCCGUGAAAAUCAGCAAACCCUUGGUAGAUGCCAGUGUAGCUCAGAAGGACAAGGUCACAUUUGAGUGUGAGCUCUCCAGGCCCAACGUGGACGUUAAGUGGUUCAAGGAUGGGAAGGAGCUCCAACAAAGUAAAAACGUGGGGAUUAUUUCCCAAGGAAAUAAGAGAAGCCUCAUUAUUCACAAGUGUGAAUAUGAAGACCAGGGGACCUAUACGUGUCAAGCAGCUGAAGACAAGACAUCAGCUACCCUAAAGGUUCAUGCCCGAGAUAUCAAGAUUGUUAAACCUCUGGAAGAUGUGGAAGUGAAUGAACAUGAGAGUGCAUCUUUCAUCUGUGAGAUUUCACACGAUGAGGUCCAAACCCAAUGGUACAAAAAUGACAACAAGCUGAAGGCUGCUGACAACAUCAGAAUGCAUCGAGACGGAAAGACCUAUUCACUGACUUACACACGUGUUCAAGUCGAAGAUGCAGCAGAGAUCAAAUUUGUAGCAGAAAAGGCAGAAUCUCGUGCCCAUCUCACUGUAAAAGAGCUGCCUGUAAAAAUCGUGAAGCCUUUGCGAGAUAAAAUUGCUCUUGAAAAACAUCGGGGGGUCCUGGAGUGCCAGGUGUCUCGUGCCAAUGCCAAAGUGAGGUGGUACAAAAAGGACGUUGAAAUUCACCCGAGUGACAAAUACGAAAUUGUGAGCGAGGGCGUCUACCGGAAGCUCAUCAUCAACGAUGCGGGUUAUGAGGAUGAGGACACCUACACUUGUGAUGCCUUUGAUGACAAAAGCAGUGCUAAUUUCUUUGUUGAAGAGCAAUCCAUCAAUAUUGUGAAGGAGUUGUGUGAUGAGGAUGUGACCGAGCCCGAGGAAGCCAAUUUUGAAUGCGAGACGUCCAUUCCAUCUGUGAAACCACCCAAGUGGUCUCUACGGGGAGAGGUCUUACAGGCUGGCAGAAACAUUAUCAUGCAGCAAGAAGGCACCAUCCACCGGCUGACAAUAGUGAAAACCAAAACUGACAUGACAGGCACCAUUCAGUUCUCCAUUGGCAAAUCAAAAUCCACAGCAAACCUGCUUGUCAGAGAUUACCACAUACAGAUCACCAGGAAGAUGGAGGACAAGACAGCUCUGGAGCGCCAUUCGGUCAUCCUGUCCUGUGACUUCAGGCCUUCUCCAAAGGUUGUAAAGUGGUUCAAGGGCCACACACCCAUUGAGCCCUCUGAGAAGUACAAAAUCAAGCGGGAGGAGCAUUCAGCAGAGCUCAAGAUUUUGAAGGUGAAGCCUGAGGAUGCUGGUGUGUACAAGUGCAGGGCUGGAAACGCCGAGACCGAGGCCACGCUGACAGUGGAAGCCCGUGAUGUAGAAGUGCUGAAACACCUGCAGGACGUGGAAAUCGAAGAGGAGGGUUCCGCUGUCUUCUCCUGCGAGCUGUCCCACGAUGAUGAGGAUGUGGAAUGGUUCCUCAAUGGCACCCUCCUUUACACCAACAAUUUCAAUGACAUCAGGAACGUUGGGAAAUGCUACAUGCUGACGAUGAAGCAGGUCAAGCCUGAGGAUGCUGGCACAGUGACAAUGAAGUCAGACAAGGUGUCGGAGAGUGCGCGUCUGAAGGUGAUAGAGAAGCCUGCUGUCUUCAUGAAGUCCUUGGAUGAUGUUUUUGGUGAGGAGCGAAGUGUGGUUAAACUGGAAUGUGAAGUCUCCAAGGAGAAGGUCACACCUGUUUGGAAAAAGGAUGGUGUGAAGCUCACCUCUGGUAAAAAGUAUGAGGAGAUACAGUCUGGGAAGACCCUGUGCCUCCUCAUCCAUGACCUCGAAAAGACAGAUGCAGGUUUAUACACUUGUGAUAUUGGCACAGAUGUUGCCAAGUCGAAGGUCAGCGUUCAGGAACUGAACAUUGGCAUCACCAAGCGGCUGAAGAACACUGAAAUCCACGAGGGAGAAGACUGCACUUUUGAGUGUGUUUUGUCCCAUGAAAGCAUUGAUGACUUCCACUGGACGCUGAACGGCAGCAAAGUGGAAAGUGGUGGGAGAUUUAAAGCCUCCAACGUGGGUCGGAAAUAUACACUCAGUAUCAAAAAUGUGAUUCCUGAUGAUGCUGGGGAAGUAAUUUUCACUGCCCGCGGCCUAACCUCCAAGGCUUCUCUCAUUGUGAAAGAAAAACCUACUGAGGUUACAAAACAUUUGGAGGAUAAAACAGCAGCAGCAGGGCAGGACAUCAGCCUGACCUGUGAGCUGUCGAAACCUGAUGUGAGCAUCAGGUGGCACAAGGAUGGCAAAGCAAUCAGAAAGAGCCAGAAAUACGAGUUGCACCAAGAGGGAACAAGGGCUGUUCUGAUCAUCCAUGACUCCACGGUCAAGGACAGUGGGGAGUACACCUGUGAGACAGAGUCCUCUAAAACAAAAGCCACAGUCACAGUGCAAGCAAAACCUAAUUAUUUUGUCAAGGAACUUUCAGACCUUAAAGUCAAUGAAAGUGGAACUGCAGUUUUUAUGUGCCAGAGUGAGAAAGCUGCAUCCUCUGUGGUCUGGAGGAAAGGCAUAGCUGAACUCAGGGCUAGCAAGAAGUAUGAGAUCACACAGAAAGAACAAGUCCUGCAGCUGACCAUAAAUAACUUGGAGAAAAGUGACAGUGACACUUAUUCCUGUGACAUCGGUGAUGCCCAGUCCAGAGCCAAGCUGGUUGUGCAAGGCCAUAAAGUACUAAUAACAGAAGACCUGGAGGAUGUCACUGUGUUAGAAGGAGAAUCUGCCAUGUUCAAAUGCAGAAUCUCUCCUGUAGACUAUAGCAAAGUGCAGUGGUUUUUGGAUAAAACCCCACUCCACACCAAUGAACUUAAUGACAUCCAGUCUCAGCCUGGUGGAUAUCACUUGCUAACGUUGAAAAAACUCUCACUGAAGGACUCGGGGGUCAUUACGUUUGAAGCUGGUGAUAAGAAAACCUCUGCCAGUUUGGUUGUUAAAGAGAAGCCCUGCAUCUUCACAAAGGAGCUGGUUGAUACUGAAGUCACUGAGGGAGAGGAUGUGAUCCUUCACUGUGAAACCUCCAAGUCAGACAUCCCUGUAAAGUGGUGCAAAGACUGGAAGAGCCUUAGGAAUUCUUCCAAGUAUAACAUCAGCCGGUCGGGAUUUGAAGCCAAGCUUGUCAUUCACAGGGCAGAAGAAAGAGACAGUGGCAGAUAUGAGUGUGAGGCUGGAGCAGCUAAAAGUAGUGCGGUUGUUACUGUCAAGGAAAUCCCAGUUCUUUUCAAGAAAGAGCUCCAGAAUGAAGAAGCUAAAGAAGGAAAACAAGUCAAGCUGACCUGUGAGCUCAGCAAACCUGAUGCCCCAGUGAAAUGGAUGAAAGGAGACACUGUCCUCUAUGCUAGUGAGAAAUACGAAUUUAAGCAGCGUGGAACCGUGGCUGAGCUGAUUAUUCGAGAUGUCAAAUCAGUAGACUCUGGGGAAUAUACCUGCAGCUCUGGGGAACAGAAGACCACUGCUCGGGUGAAAGUAAAUGCUGUGCCUGCCCUUUUCAAACAAGCCCUGGAGAACACGGAGAUGGAAGAGGGGAAAUCUGUCUCCUUGCGCUGUGAACUCACAAAAGCUGAUGCCACGGUGGUGUGGAAGAAGGGAGAAGCCACCCUCCAGGCAAGUGCCAAAUAUGAAAUGAAGCAGAAGGGGACAGUGGCAGAGCUGGUGAUUCAUAAUGCAGAGCCAGAAGAUGCAGGAAGAUACACCUGUGACACUGGAGACCAGCAGACCACAGCCCAAGUCAAAAUCCAUGCCAUCUCUGUGCUCAUCAAGGAGGAGCUGGAAAGUGUGGAAGCUGUGGAAGGUGGGAUGGCCACCCUGAGAUGCCAGCUGAGCAGAGAGGCCCCCGUGGAGUGGAGGAAGGGGCACACUCUUCUCCGGCCGAGUAACAAAUACAGGAUGAGGCAGGAGGGCACAGUGGCUGAGCUGCUGAUCCACGACCUGGACCCAAAGGAUGCUGGAGACUAUACAUGUGUUGUGGGGAACCAGAAAACCACAGCAGCUUUAGCAGUGAAUGCCCUGCCCGUCCGUUUCAAACAAGAGCUGAAGAACGAGGAAGGCACGGAGAGCGGGACGGCCACGCUGCAGUGCGAGCUGAGCCGGGCGGGCUCAGUGCAGUGGAGGAAGGAUGGGAAGGUGCUGGUGCCUGACAGCAAGUACAAAAUGAGGCAAGAAGGGCGUUUUGUUGAGCUGGUCAUCCAAGACCUGGACUUGAUGGAUGCUGGGAGCUACACCUGCGUGUGUGGAGACCAGAAGACAACAGCUGCUUUGAGAGUGAAUGCCUUGCCAAUCCUCUUCCAAGAAGAACUGUUGAACAAGGAAGCCACAGAGGGGCAGGCAGUCACUUUGCACUGUAAACUGAGCAAAUCGGCCCCGGUCGAGUGGAGGAAAGGCAAUAAAGUCCUCAAGCCAAGUGAGAAAUACAAAAUAGAGCAGGAAGGCCCCUUUGUGGAGCUGACAAUCCGGGAUUUGGAUUUGGCAGACACUGGGGAUUACAGCUGUGUGUGUGGAGAUCAACAGACUACAGCUGCCUUGACAGUAAAUGUCCUUCCUGCUCUUUUCACCAAAGAACUGACAGAUGAAGAAGCCACAGAAGGCAAAAGUGUCUCUCUGCACUGUGAGCUGAACAAGGCUGCUGCUAAAGUGGAGUGGAAGAAGGGCUUCAAGACCCUCAAAUCAAGUGACAAGUAUAAAAUGAAACGUGAAGGUGUCGUUGCUGAGCUUAUAAUCCAAAAUCUAGACACGACGGAUGCUGGGAAUUAUUCCUGUGUGUGUGGAGACCAGCAGACUAUGGCAGUUUUAACAGUACAUGCUCUGCCAGCAUUUUUCAAAGAGGGAUUGAAGAACAGAGAAGUCACAGAUGGUGCAACAGCCACUCUGCACUGCGAGCUGAGCAAGGUCGGUGUCCCAGUGGAGUGGAAAAAAGGGGACAAGACCCUCAAGCCAAGUGAUAAGUACAGGAUGAGGCAAGAAGGUGCUACUGCAGAGCUGCUGAUCCGAGAUCUGGUGGUGGAAGAUACAGGAGAAUACACCUGUGUGUGUGGAGAUCAGAAGACCUCAGCUGUCUUGACAGUCCAUGCCUUGCCUGCACUGUUCAAAACACAACUUGUCAAUGUGGAAGCUACAGAAAAUGGAACGGCUGUUCUGCAGUGUGAGUUAACCAAACCCACCUCGGUGGGCUGGAGGAGAGGGCAAAAGGUGCUCGAGCCUAGUGAGAAGUACAAAAUGAGGCUGAAGGACACCAUUGCUGAGCUGACAAUCCAUAGCCUGGAGGAACAAGAUGCAGGAGAUUACACGUGUGUGUGUGGAGACAAGAUGACAACUGCAUCCCUGACUGUGCAUGCCCUUCCUCCACAUUUUAAAAAAGAGCUGAAGAACGUGGAAGCCACAGAAAAGGGCACAGCCACUUUCUGCUGCGAACUGAACAAGCCCACAGCUGCCGUGGGAUGGAGGAAAGGAGACAGAGCCCUGGAGCCAAAUGACAAGUUCACCAUGAGAUGUGAGGGCACAAUUGCAGAGCUGGUGAUCCAUGACUUAGAGCUGACAGAUGCUGGAGAUUACACAUGCUGUUAUGGAGAGCAGAACACCACUGCUACACUAAAAGUGAAUGCCUUGCCUGCACACUUCAAGGAAGAGUUGAAGAAUGAAGAAGCCACAGAAGGUGGAACAGCCAUGCUACAUUGUGAGCUGUCUAGGGCUGCCUCUGUGGAGUGGAAGAAGAAGCACAAAGUGCUCAAAUCGAGUGAAAAAUACACGAUGAGACUAGAAGGGACUACGGCACAACUGCUGAUCCAUGCUUUAGAAGUCAAGGAUGCUGGAGAGUAUACCUGUGUGUGUGGAGAUGAGAAGACCACUGCAGCACUGACAGUGCACGCCCUUCCUGCUCUCUUCAAAAAAGAGUUAAGAAACGAGGAGGCCAUGGAGGGUGAGGCAGUUACUCUGCACUGUGAGCUGACCAAGGCUGCUUCAGUGGAGUGGAAAAAAGGACACACAGUACUCAAACCUAGCGAGAAGUACAAAAUGAGGCAGAAGGAUGUCACUGCAGAACUGGUGAUCCAUGAUCUGAAUGAGAGUGAUGCUGGUGACUAUACCUGCGUGUGUGGGGCUGAGCAGUCCACAGCUUCCUUAGCCAUACAUGUGCUGCCUGCACACAUCAAGGAGAGCCUGAAGGACCAGGAGGUAACAGAAGGUCAAGCAGCCUCUCUGCGCUGUGAGUUGACCAAGGUUGCUCCAGUAGAGUGGAGAAAGGGAAGCAGUUUGCUCAAAGCCAGCGACAAGUACAAAAUGAGACAGGAGGGCACAGUCAUGAAGCUGCUUAUCCAGGAGGUCGAACUGAAAGAUGCUGGAGAAUACACUUGUGUGUGUGGAGAACAGCAGACAACAGCUGCCUUGACCGUGCAUGCCCUGCCUGCACUUUUCAAAGAAGAACUAAAGGACCUGCAAGCCAUGGAAAGCCAAACAGCCACUCUGCGCUGCGAGCUGACCAAGGCUGCAUCUGUCUCGUGGAGGAAAGGAAGCAAAAUACUCAGGGCAAGUGAAAAAUACAUCCUGAGGCAGGAUAAUGCCCUUGCUGAGCUGGAAAUUCAGGAUCUAGAGCUGCAGGAUGCAGGAGAUUACACCUGUGUGUGUGGAGACCAGCACACCACGGCUUCUCUGACAGUAAAUGCCCUGCCAGUGCUUUUCAAGGAGGAACUGAAGAAUGAAGAAGUCGAAGAAGGAGCAUCUGCCUCUCUGCAUUGUGAAUUAACCAAACCAGCUCCAGUGCAGUGGAAAAUAGGGUCCAAAGUGCUCAAAGCAAGUGACAAAUAUCAAAUGAGGCAGACUGGCAGCACUGCAGAGCUGGUCAUUCAUGACCUAGAAGUAAAAGAUGCUGGAGAUUACACCUGUGUGUGUGGAGACCAGAAGACAACAGCAACUUUAACAGUUCAUGCUCUGCCACCGCUCUUUAAGGAGGAGCUAAAGAACAAGGAAGCAAAAGAAGGUGGAGAAGUCUCCCUGCACUGUGAGCUCUCCCAGGCUGCUCCAGUGGAGUGGUGGAAGGACCAGAGGAUUCUCAAAGAGAGUGAGAAAUACAAAAUGAGACAGGAAGGGACCAAGGCAGAGCUGGUGAUUCAUGGAGUAUCUGAGGAGGAUGCAGGAGACUACACCUGUGUGUGUGGAGAGCACCAGACCAUGGCUGUCUUAACAGUACAGGCUGUGUCUCCAUUUUUCCAAGAAGAAAUGACCAGCAAGGAAGCUGUGGAAGGUGGAAUGGCCACUUUGCACUGUGAGCUCAGCAAGGCAUCUGCCAGUGUUCAGUGGAAGAAGGGACAUCACGUCCUCACACCGGGCAACAAGUACAGCAUGAGACAGGAAGGCUGUGCUGUGGAGCUGACAGUUCACCAUUUAGACUCAAAUGAUGCUGGAGAUUAUACCUGUGUGUGUGGAGAGAAGAGCACCACAGCUACCCUAACAGUGCAUGCACUGCCUCCAGAAUUCAAAAGACACCUGAAGGACCUCGAAGCUGUAGAAAACGAGACAGCUGCUCUACACUGUGAGCUGACUAAACCUGCUGUGGUGGAGUGGAAGAAAGGGCAGGAGGUGCUCAAAGCCAGCAGCAAAUAUAAAAUGAGUCAAGAUGGUGCUGUUGCAAAGCUGGUUAUCCAUGAGCUGGCUGUGGAGGACACUGGAGUUUACACCUGUGUUUGUGGAGAUCAGCAGACAACUGCCACUUUGACAGUCAAGGCCCUACCAGCACUUUUUAAACAAGAGCUGAAGAACACCGAGGCAGAAGAAGGUGGUACAGCAACACUGAGGUGUGAGCUUACCAAACCCAAGGCUCCAGUAGAGUGGAGGAAAGGAGACACUACUCUCUACCCUGGUUUGAAAUAUGAGAUGAAGCAGCAGGGCUCCACUGCUGAAUUGGUCAUUUGUGACUUAGAACUGGAUGAUUCGGGGCAGUACACCUGUGACUCUGGACAUCAGCAGACAACAGCUGUGGUCACUGUACAUGCACUACCUGUCACAUUUAAGCAACCCCUUCAAAAUAAGGAAUCAGAGGAAGGAGGUACAGCUACAUUCUGUUGUGAGCUGUCGAAACCCAAUGCUGCAGUGGAAUGGAGGAGAGGAGGAGUGGGGCUGCAGCCCAGCCAGAAGUAUGAAAUGAGGCAGAGGGAAGGCUGGGUAGAGCUUUUAAUACAUAAUCUCAAGUUAGAAGAUACAGGAGAAUACAGCUGUGAUACAGGGGAUCAGGAAACCAAGGCAUCUUUAACUGUGAAAGCUCUGCCAGUUCUUUUCAAAAAGGAGCUGAAGGACAAGGAGGCAGAAGAAGGAGCAGCAGUGAAGUUCCAGUGUGAGCUGACAAAGGAUAAUGCAGCAGUGGAGUGGAGAAAAGGCACCAUGGAGCUCUUCCCUUGUGCCAAAUAUGAGAUCAAAUUAAGUGGUCACAGAGCUGAACUCGUGAUUCAUAAUGUAGAACCAGAAGAUGCCUCUGACUAUACUUGUGACACAGGAGACCAGCAGAGCACAGCAGUCCUCAGAGUGAAUGCCACCAAACCCCGGCUGAAGCAGCAGCUGAAGAAUGAAGAGGUGGAAGUGGGAGGAACAGCCAGGCUGCGCUGCGAGGUUUCCAUUAGCAAAGCAGAAGUGGAGUGGAGGAAAGAUGGAGCCAUCCUUCACUCCAGCUCCAAGUAUGAAAUGAGGCAGGACGGCACCUUCCGCGAGCUGUGGGUUCAUCGCUUGGAGCCUGGUGAUGCUGGAGAAUAUUCCUGCAAGGCUGGGGAUGAGACAAGCUCUGCAAAACUGACCGUGACAGAGCCUGACGUGACCAUCGUGAGUGGCCUCAAGGACAUGGUGGUGUUUGAAGGGGACGAUGUCACAUUUCAGUGCCAGGUUUCUCACGAGAACGCAAGGGAUGUCGAGUGGAAGCUACAGGAUGUUGCUCUGCAAAACAAUGAAAUGAAUGAGAUCUCAGUGGAGAAAGGGAAGAUUCACACCCUGACAUUAAGGAAGGUGACUGAGCAGGACAUCGGCACCAUCACUUUCCGAGUGGGACCCUACACCUCGAAGGCAGAGCUCACAGUAAAAGCUUUGACAGCAAGUUUCACACAACCACUCCAGAACCAGCAAGCCGAAGAAGGAGGCACCAUCACUUUGAGCUGUGAAGUCUCAAAAUCCAACACCUCUGUGCAGUGGAAGAAGGCUGGGACAGUGCUGAGACCAAGUGGCAAAUACAAGAUGAGUCAAGUGGGAUCAGUGGCUGAGCUGACGAUUCACAACCUGAGUGGAGCUGAUGCUGGGGAGUACACGUGUGAGACAGGGGACCAGAAAACCACUGCGACUGUGCUGGUGAAAGAGCCAGCAGCAACCAUAGUGGAGAUGCUGAAGGACAUCACCUCGUAUGAAGGAGAAGAUGCAGUGUUUGAAUGCAGGCUGUCCCGGGAAACAACUCAGGAUGCCCAGUGGUUCCUAGGAGAUGUUCCCCUGCAAUCCAAUGAAAUGAAUGAGAUUGGAGUCCAAGGGACACGUCACACUUUGGUCCUGAGGAAGGUGACACUAGAAGACUGCAGUCCCAUCAGUUUUAAAGUUGGGCAGCACACCUCAACAGCACAGCUAACGGUCCGAGUUGCUCCAGUCACCUUUGUAAAGGCUCUCCACAACCUGGAGCUGCAGGAGGGUGGCACAGCUCACUUGUCCUGUGAGGUGUCCAAGCCCGAUGUCCCAGUGGAGUGGAAGAAAGGCACCUCUGUGAUCCGCUCCAGCCAGAAGUGCAGCAUCAAGCAGGAGGGGAAGGUGCACACCCUGGUCAUCCAUGACCUGAACCGUGCAGACACGGGGGAGUACAGCUGCCACACAGCAGAUGGGAAGACCACUGCCAGGCUGGAGGUUAAAGCCCUGCCUGUGCUUUUCAAGCACCGGCUGGAGAACGAGGAGGUGGAGGAAGGGCGCACAGCCCUGCUGCACUGCGAGCUGACGAAGCCCAACGCACCCGUGGAGUGGAGGAAAGGAGAUAAGGUGCUGCAGCCCAGCGACAAGUACGAGAUCCGGCAAGAGGGGACCCGUGCUGAGCUCCUCAUCUACUAUGCUGAGGCUCAGGAUGCUGGGGAUUACACGUGUGUCUCAGGGGACCAGCAGACCACCGCCUCCCUGCAAGUCAAAGUACUACCUGUGCUAUUUAAAGAAGAACUGAAAAAUGUAGAGUCUGAAGAGGGGGGAACAGCUGUCUUGCACUGUGAGAUCUCCAAGCCUGAUGCCCCUGUUGAGUGGAGAAAAGGAGGGUUGGUCAUUCAACCCAGUGAUAAGUAUGAGAUGAAGCUGAAGGGCAGCAUUGCUGAGCUGAUCAUCCAUGGUGUAGAGCCUGAUGACUGUGGGGACUAUACCUGUAGCACUGGAUACGAGAUCACCACGUGUUCUGUGUAUGUGCAAGAAGAGGCAGCAGUCAUAGUUUCUGGUUUAAAGAACACAGACGUCUUUGUGGGUGAGUCGGCCACGUUCACCUGUGAGCUCUCGCACCCGGGCGUGAAGAACGUGCAGUGGUGGCUCGAUGGAUCCCCCCUUCACAACAACCUUGUGACUGAAAUCUCUGAGCAGGACGGGAUGAUCCACACUUUAACCCUAAAUGACGUGGCGUGCCAUGACUCGGGCACUGUCACCUUCAGAGCUGGGUCCCUAAUAUCUUCAGCUAAAUUAUUAGUCAAAGAUCCAACCAUUGAAGUGGUCAGUCCCAUGCAGGAUAUAACUGUUGAUGAAGAUGGCACAGCAGAGUUCAUAUGCCAAUAUUCUAGGCCAGUACACGCCAUAUGGAAGAAAAAUGAUCAGGAAAUACAUGCAGAUGGGCAGCGAGUGAUUAUCGAUCAGGACUGGAAUGUAAGCAUGCUAAAAAUUAAAGCUACGGUACCAGAAGACACUGGCAUCUAUUCUUGUGAAGCUGAAGGCAUUAAAGUGAUGGCUGCACUUGAUGUUCAAGCCAAGAACAGCAUUGUCCAGGGCUUGGAGAAUGUGGAAGCUGUGGAAGGAGGGGAAGCCUUGUUUGAAUGCUAUCUUUCCAAACCUGAGUGCUACAAUUACAACUGGCUGAUUGACGAUGAGCCUGCCAAAACUACAGAAAACACUGAGAUGGUUUACUUUGAAAAUGGACGCAGGCACGUCCUGCUGCUGAAGAACCUAACUCCCCAGGACAGCUGCAGGGUGACUUUCAUGUGCAGCGACGCGGUGACCUCCGCCUUCCUGACGGUGAAAGGAUGGCGCCUACAGAUCUUGCAGCCUCUCACAGAUGUGGAAGUCUCUUUGGGGGAGAAAGCCACAUUUAGCUGUGUUCUAAGUGAAGCUGUGCCAAGUAAUGAAGUCUCCUGGUAUAGUAAUGACGUAGAGAUCCAAUCGGGUGAGGACUGGGAGGUACAAGCAAAUGGAAACAAAUACAAACUUAUUCUGAAAAAAGCCCAACCACAUCAUUCUGGAGAGGUGACCUUUGCUUCUAGGGAAGCAAUUACAUCAGCCAAGUUAUCUGUGAUAGCCUGCCCCGACCCACCUGAAGAGCCAGAAGUUUUACGUAAGAACAGUUGCUCUGUAACUCUGUCUUGGUCCAAGCCGCUGAGUGACGGCGGUUGUGGCAUCCUAGGCUACAACGUGGAGAGGAAAAUCCCAGGGGUUGGCUGGGAGUCAUGCAGCAAGGGCAUUAUUCAGGACACGGAGUUUAUGGUGGACAGCCUCAGCCCGGGUGAACCCUACAGAUUCCGCAUCUCGGCUAUAAACAAAGUUGGGGCCAGCGAGUCGGUGCACUUCCCUCAGAUGGUGCAGCUAGAGCCUCAAGUCACAGUCACCCAUCCUUUGGUGGGAGGAUCAGUGUCAGAAGGGCAGGUGGCUCGCUUGGAGUGCAAGUUCUCAAGUGAACCUGAAGAGAGAGUGACAUGGUUCAAAGGAAAAGAACAAAUAAGAGCUGGAGGGAGAUACGAGAUCCUGUCUGAAGGAAAAAAGCAGAUACUCAUCAUUCAUGCGUUUAAAGCUGAAGAUCAGGACACAUACACCUGCAUGGUUUCUCCAGAAGUCAAAUCUGUUGCCAGCUUGUGUCUUGAAGUUCCCACGGUGACAAUGCUAAAAGAGAUUGCCCGGGAAGCACCCUCAGCAAGACAACCAGAAGAGCUGGUGGAUGGCCAUAUCCAGCCCAGUUUGCCCCCUGAGGCUGCUCAGGAGGGAGACCUUCACCUCCUGUGGGAAGCCCUGGCCAAGAAACGCCGGAUGAGCCGCGAGCCCACCUUGGAUUCCAUCAGCGAGGUGCCUGAAGAGGAGGAGAAGCUUCAGAAGCUGAGGAAGGAGGAAGCGGAGAUGUCUCACUAUUACUCAGAGGAGUACUCCACGUGUGAUGAGCUGGCUAGGACAGGAGAAGCAGAUUUCUCUUUCACAAGCUCUGAUGAUGAGUCUAGAGCUGGGACUCCAUCACUGGUGAACUACCUUAAGAAAGCUGGGAAGAAAAGUGUCAGUGUUACUAGCAAAGUUCAGUCUGUCUCCACAAGCAAAUUAUGGAAACAGUGGGAGAAAUCCAGUGAAGAGACUGUUGUGCCUGCCCCAGCUGCUAAACCAGCUGAACCAGAAAUGCCAGAUUUAGAUGAUCCUUCUAUGAACAAGGCUGCUGUGAAGAUCCAGGCUGCAUUCAAAGGUUACAAAGUCAGGAAAGAGAUCAAGCAACAAGAGUGUCCAGUGUUUACUGAGACUUUCAAGGAUUUCUCUGGUGAGCCUGGGAGCACUCUCCACCUGGAAUGUGUGGCCCAAAGCAAAAGUGACAUGAAAAUCUGUUGGCUGAAAGAUGGGCAAGAGCUUUCAGAUGGUCGCUACUAUCACAUAGACAAUUACAGUGAUGGGACCUGCUCUUUGAUUAUCGCUGGCCUGGACAGGAAAGAUGCAGGUAAAUACACCUGUGAGGCAUCCAAUAAAUUUGGCAAGGUUGCCCACAGUGCUAAGGUGGUUAUUGGUGCUCAAGAACCUCAAGUUCUUCGCAAGGAGAAGCAGAAGAAGCAAAGCACUGACAGUGAGACAGAGAGCUCAUCUGGCAGUGAGCUGGAUGAUGCUUUCCGUAAAGCAGGAAGGAGACUUCACAGACUCUUCAGGGCCAAGAUCUCAACAGAGAUAUCUGAUGUGGAGGAAGAGCUCUUUGUCAGUGCAGAUGAAGGGGACAUAGAGAUGGUCGACCAUCAGACGUAUCGAGAGGAUGAGCAGUACAUCUACAUCAAGUUUGAAAUCUUGUCUGAGGCAAGAUCUGCCGCCACUCGAUUCCGAGAGAUGUUUGGUGCUCUGGGGAUUCCCGUGGAGAUUGACAUUCUGGAACAAGGCCCUAAAAAAAUUGAACUGAGGAUUGGGAAAGCAACACCACCCACCCAUGGGAAGUUUGCACCACCAGCAGUGAGACCUCCACCACCUUUGCUGACUUCUGAUACAGCUCCCAUGUUCAUGACUGAGCUCCAAAACCAAGAGGUCCAAGAUGGAUACCCAGUCAGCUUUGACUGCAUUGUCAUUGGCAAACCACUCCCCACGGUUCGCUGGUUCAAGGAUGGGAAAGCUAUUGAAGAAAACGAUCACUACAUGAUCAACGAGGACCAGGAAGGGUGUCACCAGCUGAUCAUCACAGCUGUGGUCCCCACAGACAUGGGUGUUUACCGUUGCCUGGCUGAAAACAACAUGGGAGUCGCUUCAACCAAGGCUGAGCUUCGAGUGGACUUGACCAGUACUGACUAUGAGACAGCAGCAGAUGCAACAGAGACAUCUUCUUACUACAGUGCCAAAGAAUACAUUUCAAGCCGUGAACAGGAGGAAUCUACCACUGAGGAGGAGCAAUUGCCCCAGAUCUUCGAUGAGCUUCAUGAUAUUCAUGUGGCACCUGGAGCAUCACUGGCUAAAUUUCACCUGAAGGUGAAAGGGUUCCCGCAGCCUCGUCUUUACUGGUUCAAAAAUGGGCAGCCCCUGAAGGCCUCGGAUCGCAUCCUGAAGACCGACAAGCAGGAAUUCCACUCACUGGAAAUCCGCGAUGUCACUAAGGAGGAUGCUGGCCAGUACUCAAUAUUUGUCAUCAAUUCUGCAGGUUCUGCAUAUUCCUCAGCUAGGCUGGUAGUCAAAGAUCCUGAUGAGAAAGAAGAGCCAUCAGAAACAGAUUCCCAUGAGCAGCUGGUACCACCAAGGUUCCUAGAAAGAUUUACUAAUAAAAAGGUGAAAAAAGGUGCAAGCAUCACGUUAUCUGUAAAAGUUGAAGGACAUCCACCACCAACUAUUACUUGGCUGAAAGAACAGUCUCGGGAAGACAUCCUGUGGAUCAAACCAGACACUCCUGGGUAUAAACUUGCCAGUUCAAAUAUGCACCACAGUCUGAUCCUGCUGGACGUUAAGAAGAAAUACAGUGGAGCCUACACGUGCAUUGCUACCAACAAGGCCGGCCAGUCCAUCUGCACUGCCAUCCUGGAAGUUGCAGAUGUGAAAGAGGCUGAAGUUCUGACCCAGGAGCGUGUGAUGGUGUCAGAAGCCAUCAUGACCACACUGGGAGAUAUUCAUCCCUCUGAAACAAGAGGAGGAGACCUUGAAGCUGGUAGAGAAGGUGUACCCAAAAGCCCUAUUUCAUUAGCUGAUGUUGGCUCAGAAGAGUUCUUCCAGAAACUCACCUCCCGUAUCUCAGAAAUGGUAUCUGCAAAAAUAAGUCAGGCUACACUUCGAGUGCCAGGUGGGGAAAGUGAUGAUGAAUCAAGAACUCCAUCUGCAUCUCCUCGCCAUGGACGAUCCAGACCUUCAUCCAUUGCUCAGGAGUCCUCCUCUGAAUCUGAAGAUGGGGAUUCCAGAGGAGAGAUCUUUGAUGUCUACAUGGUCACAGCAGACUAUGCUCCUGCUACUCCUGACAGGGAGACCAUCACUUUGAAGGAAGGCCAAUACGUGGAAGUUCUUGAUUCAGCUCAUCCUCUGAAAUGGCUGGUCAGGACAAAACCCACAAAAUCCAGCCCUUCUCGACAGGGUUGGGUCUCUCCAGCUUACCUGGACAAGAAAUUAAAGUUGUCACCAGAGUGGGGAACAACAGAAGCUCCUGAGUUCCCUGGAGAGUUUGUUUCUGAAGAUGAAUACAAAAGGAAGCUAAGUGUUCUUAUUCAAGAGCUGCUGAUCUCAGAAGAGGAUUACAUUCAAGACCUACAGUUCCUCCAAACUCAUCACCUUAGGUACACUGAGAUCUGUCCCAAUGUCCCAGGAGCUGUCACCAGUCAGAAAGCCACUAUCUUCAGGAAUAUUGAUGACAUUGCUCGCUUCCAUUCCAGUGUCUUCCUCCAUGGCUUGCAGAAAUGUGACACUGAUGAUGAUGUGGCCAUGUGCUUUAUUAAGCAUGAAGAAGAAUUUAAUAAGUACAUCCAGUACCUGGUGGGGAGGGUACAGGCUGAGUCAAUUGUUGUCAGCAAAGCUGUCCAGGACUUCUACAAGAGAUACACGGAUGAAAUUUUACCUAACGAAGAUCCUUCACAGCCUCUUAUCCCACCACUGCAGCACUACCUGGAAAAACCCAUAAACAGGAUCCAGCAGUAUCAGACUAUAAUCAAGGAAUUAAUCCGAAACAAAGCGAGAAAUAGCCAAAACUGCACUUUGCUGGAGCAGGCUUAUGCCAUCGUGUCUGCACUCACCCGAAGAGCAGAAAACAACCUCCAUGUCUCACUCAUUGAGAAUUACCCGGGGACCCUGGAAAGCCUUGGGGAACCCAUCCGACAGGGCCACUUCAUUGUGUGGGAAGGAGCUCCAGGAGCUAGAAUGGCAUGGAAAGGACACAAAAGACAUGUCUUCCUCUUCAAAAAUUAUAUUGUGAUCUGCAAACCAAAGCGAGACACAAAGACAGACACCUACAGUUACGUCUUCAAGAACAUCAUGAAGCUGAACAACAUAGAUGUGAACGACCUUGUGGAAGGGGAUGACCGGGCAUUUGAGAUCUGGCACGAGCGGGAAGACUUGGUGCGCAAGUACCUCCUCCAGGCACGUACAGUGAACAUCAAGAACUCCUGGGUGAAGGAGAUCUGUGGCAUCCAGCAGCGGAUCAGCGAGCCUGUCUGGAUACCUCCAGACUUUGAGGAAGAACUGGCAGAUUGUACAGCUGAGCUGGGAGAGACAGUCAAACUGGCCUGCAAAGUCACAGGAGCUCCCAAGCCGUCUGUCAGCUGGUACAAAGAUGGAAAGCCUGUGGAGGUGGAUCCCCACCACAUUAUCAUAGAAGAUCCUGAUGGUUCCUGCACAUUGAUCUUGGACAACCUAACAGGUGUUGACUCAGGACAGUACAUGUGCUUUGCUUCCAGUCCUGCUGGCAAUGCCAGCACCUUAGGGAAGAUCCUUGUUCAAGUGCCACCACGGUUUGUGAACAAGGUUAGAAAUGCUUAUCUUGUGGAGGGUGAAGAUGCUCAGUUCACCUGUACAAUUGAAGGAGCACCAAGGCCUCAGAUCAGGUGGUACAAAGAUGGUGUAUUGUUGAAGGACACAAAUAAAUACCAGACUUUCAGUGAACCAAGGAGUGGUAUAAUAGUCCUGGUGGUCAAGAACCCUUCCGACGAAGAUAUGGGACACUAUGAAUGUGAGCUGGUGAACAGAUUAGGGUCUGCAAAAAGCGGAGCAGAACUUUACCACCACAGUGCUGCAGCCCUGACCCAGGACAGGAGAGGAGACCAAGCCAUUACCAUAGAAGGAAUGACUUCCCCACACUCAGAGAUGGAGACUUCUGUUCAGGCUUCGCUUCAGCGUGCUGACAAGGAGAUCAAGACAGCUCUAAAGAAACUCAUGGACUCAGCAUCAAUGCUGGUGACUCUUCCCCUGGGCAUGCAAGGAGAAGCUGGUGGCCUCAGCCUUCAAGGGUCCACUCCUUCAGACCACACAGAAACAGCAGCCAGGCCCUCUGUGCUAGUUCAUGAAGCCAGUACCCAAACCCAGGCUGCUGGAGGCCAUGACAAAGCACAAAGGCAGAUUCCAGCUGAAGAACCAAGCGUGCCAAAGCCCAGCCUUGGUCCUUCCCAUGAAGAGACAGCUGCUGGAGGUACAAGCUCUCAGGAACGUACUGUUCCUCUUACCAGAACAUCAGCAGCUGAGGGGGAAGGAGAUUGGUACAGAAGAGAAGUACACAGUGAAGUUUAUAUUGAGACCAUGGAAAGAACCUGUGUGUAUAAGACUGAGGAGAAGACCCCAACAAGGCCUCCCUACAUGCAAGUGACAAUAGAGGAUGUGCAGGUGACCUCUGGGGAACGUGCCAAAUUCCAGGCAGUCAUCGAAGGAACCCCUGAACCUACUGUUUUGUGGUUUAAGGGCACGUCGUUGCUGACAGACAGCAACAGGCUCCAUCAAGGGAAGCAAGGAACAACAUAUUUCUUAGUGGUGGACAAUGCUGCCUCAGAAGAUGGUGGUGUUUAUACCUGUGUUGCCAAAAAUGCUGGAGGGGAGGUGUUGUGCAAAGCAGAGCUUAUCGUACAUGAAGCUAAGAAAGACCAAGCAGCAAAGAAAGUGGCCACCAGGAGAAAGCUCCAUUCCCUUUAUGAAGUUAAACAGGAGAUUGGCAGGGGCUGCUUCAGCUUUGUGAAACGAGUGGUCCACAAAGGGAACAGAGUGUCUUGUGCUGCCAAAUUCAUACCCCUGCGAAGCAAAACGAAGGCUCGAGCGCAUCAGGAGAGGGAUAUUCUUGCCUCUCUGUCUCACGACAGAAUUACCAGGCUCCUGGAUCAGUUUGAAACACGGAAAACACUGAUUUUGAUUCUGGAGCUAUGCUCCAGCGAGGAGCUCCUCGACCGUUUGUUCAAGAAGAGCGUGGUCACCGAAGCAGAGGUCAAAUUAUAUAUCAAGCAAAUUUUGGAAGGAGUCAAAUACCUUCAUGACAACAACAUCCUUCAUUUGGACAUCAAGCCACUGAAUAUCCUCAUGGUUUAUCCUGAAAGGGAAGAUCUUAAGCUCUGUGACUUUGGAUUUGCUCAGAAGAUCACACCCUUUGAGCCUCAGUUCAGCAAAUAUGGAUCUCCAGAGUUUGUUGCCCCAGAAAUUGUCUCUCAGUCACCAGUGUCAAAAGCAACAGAUAUCUGGGCUGUGGGAGUCAUCACGUAUUUAAGCCUAACAUGCAAGUCUCCAUUUGCUGGGGAAAACGACAGAGGAACCCUUCUAAAUAUCCAGAAUGGGAAAAUUUCAUGGACCAUUCCUGAUUUUGUUCACUUGAGUGAAGAUGCAAAGGACUUUAUCAAAGGGAUCCUACAGCAGCACCCCACAGCCAGGCCUAGUGCUUUGGACUGUCUUUCCCACAAGUGGUUCACGCACAAUCUCCCCCUCGAAGCAGCUCAUUUCAUUAAUACCAAGCAGCUCAAAUUCAUUGUGGCUCGGAGCAAGUGGCAGCGGUCUCUGAUGUGCUACAAAUCCAUACUGGUAAUGAGGUCUAUCCAAGAAAUCCUAGAAAGGACUCAUGACAACACCUCCCUGGCCAUCUCCCGACACCUCAUUGAGGAAAGCACUUCAUCCAGCACCAGCGGCUCCUCUUCAGACAACGAGAACUCACAUUUCCCCAAGAAGAGGCACUUUGGCUCUACCCCCGAACUGCACGUGUCCAUAUUUGAUGCGCCAAGCCAUCAGGAGCCUGCAAAACAUGCAAGUGAAGAGAAGCACUCCAAAAUAUCAAUCCCACCAGUGAAACCCAUGAGGAGGAAGUAUGCAUCGGUGAAAGCUGAGGUGGGGGACAAAUCACCUACAGAAACCAAAGAGCUCAUGGCAAGUAUCUCGAAGGAGAAGGAGGGGCUCCAUCCCGGACUUCAAGUUGGAAGAGCAGAGCAGUCCCAAAGAAGUGGUGCUGCUGAGCCUUCAUCAGUAAGGACCUCCACAGAAAGCACAUCUCAUCUGGGUCAGAAAGAAAAACCAGACGUAUCUUUAUCUGAUAAGGACAGAGUUGAAAAGGCUGAGGAUGGAGCAGACAAGCCAUCUGUCUGUGUUCCUAGGCAGAGUGUCAUUAAAAGCACUUUCUACAGCCAAGCAACUGAGCUACCUGCAAGGGGGCCUGCCUCACCAGGCAGGGAGUUCAGAAGGCACCUGGACAGAGCCAGAAGGACUUUCCGGAAAGCUGGAUACUCCAAAGUUCCCCUGAGUGGUCUCCGUGAACCUCUUCUAGAGCAGUUUGAACUGGAAGAAGAGGAAAAGUCUGAGGGUGGAGACGAUCGCAGGGAAAGUCUUCUUGGUUCCUUGACCAAAUCAGCUUCGUUUGACACUGCCAGGAAACCACCACACCCUGCCAUCGCUGGCGCUAGCCGCAGCCGUUCCCUGGAUGACUACAGGCUGAGAGCCUCCAGAUCGUUGAGGGAAGAAGAUAUUUUGGAAGAAGACUGUGAUGUAUUGUCACAAGAAAGUUGCCCGGAAGGCAGUGACCAUUGCGAGGUUUCUGCGGGGCCCGGCAAGGGAUGUUCUGUCGACACGUCAAAGCGAGAGGACCUCAGGAGAGCCAGCAAGGAUUGUUCAGAAGAGCAGCCCUCUCCUUCUACACAAUGUGAGGGUAACGGGUGCCCAGCUGCUUUUGUGCAACAGCUGGAGAGACUUCCAGUGUCACCUCCUAGGAGUGAGAACAAGAAACCUUUACUGAAGAAGUCAAAAGCUACUUACAUUGAGGAGGAUGUUGAAGGUCUGGAAGACAAAAGCCCUGUUCUAACUACCCAGCGCUCAGAUGUAACUGCAUCAUCAGGUCAAAAACACAAAAGCCUGGUGGGCAAAUCCUCCCCUGGCAGUGCCUCCGACCCUGCUUUUCAGGAAGGCCAAGAGUCCAUUUCAGCUCUCACACAGUCAGAGGUCACCUCCAGACCAGCUCCUUCAAGGAAGGGAGGUGUGUGUCUGCCCCAGGAGUCUGCUCCUGCUACUGACAUCCCUCCGGAUCUAAAAGGUGCAAACUUGCUUAUCAAAAGGACAGCCCCAGAUGUGCCUUGGAAAGACAAAAGACAGAAACACUCACAUGAGGAAACUUCAGCUAAAUCUGAUCUCACGGAGCAGGAAAGCUCUGCUGUUUCAGCAGGCCCACCAACAGAAACUGCUUCACUUCCAGUACGUAAAGACAGAAGUCAGGAAUUUCCUGGUCAAAGUGUUCCAGGAGCUACUGUCUUGGUGAGCAAGCAGCCAGGUACCCUAACUGCUCUGCACAAAGCUGAUGAAGGUGCUCAUCAGCUGAAGACCUAUGAAGAGGAGACACCUGCUGUCCUGGUGGAUGAAGGACUGGGUAUUACAGGAAUCACCCCACCAUCAGCCUAUGAUGAUAAAAAUCAAGCACACGAGAGGUCUUCUGCUCACAUAGACACAGUGUCAGCUGUUCUGAAGGGAGAGCAUCUUGUUGUUCCAAAAGUCCCACCACCAAAAUCCACUUCAACUUCAGCCUCUGAUGGAGCACAGCAGGCUGAAAGGGAACGGCCAGUUCCUAGCAAGGAGAGGCUCACUGCUCUGAGGAGUGAAAGCUCAGCUGCUGCAGAGGUUGCUCCCAGUUUGGCCCAUGAGGCUGAAAUUGAAGGACUUGAACCCCAGAAGGUCUCUGAAGGCAGUAGCACAGUGUCUGCUGUUCUGGGGAGCAGACACCCAGCUGGAACCGUGUCCUCCCAAAACACUGGCCUCCCUUCAGUCUGUGAGAGUGAAAAGCAAGAACACCCAAAGGCAUCACUGGCCAGUGAGGUGAAAUCUGUUGUGACAGCAAGUGGAAGCCAAGCUGCUGGGCAGACCAUGCCCGCUCCUUUCCCCAAGGCUGGACAUCAGGUGUCUGAGCAGCACAGGGCUGCUCAUCCCGGCAGCAGAGUUUCUGCUGAUCUGGAGGGUGGACCUCCAGGUGUUUUAACUGCUUCACAACAAGAAGUUGCUCCAGCUUCAGUCUAUGAGCUAGAACAUGAGGAACAUCCAAAAGUUUAUGGUGAAGAUAGAGGUGAUACCUUGGAAAGGGGAAGUUGUGAUGCUGAAAAAACUGUCCCACCAUCACUCCGCAGGGAAAAACGUCAGGAUCUCUCACAUCACAGGUCUUCUUUUUACAGUGAUGAGGAGUCUGCUGCACUAGAGGGAUUAGUGGAUGAGAUGGUCUCCCUCUCUGAAGAGGUGAAUGUUUGGGCAGAGUCAGUUUCUGGUGAGAAGGAAUGCAGAAAGCACAUCUCUCCUCCCACAGAAGUGUUCUACAAAGGCUCGGGUAGCCAAGCACCCACAGACACCUCCUUCCCUUCUGUAUGCUGGGGUAAAAGAGAAGUCUCUGAAGAGGAUGACCUUGCAGAACCCUCUCUUGUCUUGAGUGAGGAGUCAGUGGUAGGGGAAGGGCAGGGAGCACAGACAGUUCCUCAUGAAUGUGAGCAUCUGGAGGACUUAGCGUUUGAGAGCCCCACUUCCAGCCAAGUGAGCGUUUCCUCAACAGAAAGCUUGGACCCUGGAGAAAGACCCAGUCAAGUCACAGUGAGCAAGGACACUGGUAAACACCCAGAAGUUUCUUUAGUGAAAAUCAAAGACCUGUCAGAUGAAACACCCAGUCUUGAAACUGGAACAAAAUUUGACAUCUCAGAGGUAGAACCUGCCUAUUUGAAUUUUUCUGACUUGUAUGACAUUGUCUAUUUUCCAUUUGAGUUUCUGAACUAUAGGAAGCCUCAACCCAAGCCAACUGGGAGACGUUUUAUUCCUUUUGCUGAAAGGGCAAGGUCACCGCCUGCAGGGCAUUUGCAUAAGGAGAAAAGACUCUGCAUCAGAGAAGAGGCAGAGGACAAGAACAGGAAGAACCAUUUGGAAAUAUCUGGGGACUCAAAGGCAACUAAAUUAUUGGGCACGGGGAAAGGGGCAGAGAGUCAUAAGGAAAUGUACGGCCCCCAAAAGGACUCAAGUGGGAAGCAGAAAAGCUCCUUCUACAACAAGCCAGGACUCUUCAAGCCAUAUGCAAGGUCUCAUUCAGUGGAGCAGUCAGUGGAGCAGAGUCUGAAGCAGAAAGUAAAAGCUUCUGUUGCCCAUAUUUCAAAAAUCCUAAAAGGAAAGAUAUCACCUGAGCCAGAGGCAGAGGAAGAGUUUGGCGAGCUGGGAAGUGAGGCAGUAGGAAAAGAGCUGUUAACAGGGGCUGAAGGAUCUCUGAAGAGGAAAUCAGGACUCGCUUCCUUCAAGUUAUCAAGCCUCAUGCCAAAGGAGAAAGCACCUUCCUUCGUGGAGGAGCUGAUGGACCAGGCUGCUGCCGUGGGGCAGUGCGUGACCCUGUCGUGCCGGACGGCGACUCACUCCUCCCUGAACAUCAACUGGUUCCGAGAUGGGAUACCUGUGCACAGCAGCAGCCGGAUCCUCAUCUCAGCCACGCUCAAAAGCUUCCAGCUCUUAACGAUUCUCUCUGUUAAUGCUGAUGAUUUUGGUAUUUACACCUGUGUGGCCACAAACUCCCUGGGCUCAGCAUCCACUUCUUGUGUCAUAAGAAAAGCAGAAGUUCCUCCCAGCCCUCCACCCCCUGACAUCAUAGAUGUCCACGAGGAUGCAGUGCAGGUGGCCUGGAAACCUGUAGAAACCAACAUCCCAGUCCAUUACACUGUCCAGUGCAAAAGUGAAGAUGGGGAGUGGACAACUCUUGCUUCUGACAUUGCUGACUGCUGCUACCAUGCCAAAAAUCUCUCCAAAGGGUUCACCUACUCCUUCAGGAUUGCCUGCACCAGUAAAGCAGGAAUGGGCCCUUACAGCACCCCAUCUGCCACAGUGAACAUCACUGGGAAGGAUCAAAUGGAGCUUCGUGCUGCAAUGCAGAAAUUCCCACCAGCUGCUACUGAAGAAGAGAGUGAAAUAAUCACACCAUCUGAGCCCUUCCCAACCUACCAGACCUACGCCUUCCAAACAGAGAUCAAAAGGGGGCGUUUCAGCAUCGUCCGACAGUGCCGGGAAAAAGUGAGCGGCAAGACUUUAGCUGCCAAAAUUAUCCCUUACUGGCAAGAGGACAAGCAGACUGUGCUGGUGGAGUAUCAAGUCCUGAGGAAGCUUCAUCACACCAACAUAGCCCAGCUGAAAGGAGCCUACGUCAGCCCACGGCACUUAGUGCUGAUCCAAGAGAUGUGCGUGGGACCAGAGCUGCUCCACUCCUUGGCGUUACGGAAUUCAUACUCAGAAGUGGAGGUCCGGGAUUAUCUGUGGCAGAUCCUCAGUGCUGUUGAGUAUCUCCAUGCUCACAGCAUCCUGCACUUGGAUCUCAGAUCUGAAAACAUGAUCAUCACUGAGCCCAACCUGCUGAAACUCCUGGAUUUUGGCAAUGCACAGUUCUACACACAAGAGACAGUUAUUACCAUGGACAAGUGCAUGGACUAUGUUGAAACCAUGGCUCCAGAGCUGCUGACAGAGCAAGGAGCCCUCCCACAGACUGAUAUCUGGUCCAUUGGAGUCACAGCUUUCAUCAUGUUGAGUGCCAACUACCCCGUCAGCUCCGACGUACCCUGCGAGUUUCUGAGAACCACCAGGAGAGGGAAGGUGAAGUUCACGAGGUGUUAUGCAGGUCUCUCCGGGGGAGCAGUGUCCUUUCUCCAGAGCACGCUGUGUGCAAACCCCUGGGGAAGGCCAUCAGCCUCUGAGUGCCUUCAGAGCUCGUGGCUCCAGGAGACAGGUUUGGACAACAGGCAGCAAGCACUGGUUACCUUCCCUUCCACCAAACUGAGGAAUUUCCUCAUGGAACGGGAGAAGAAAAGGGGCCUGCUGUGCUCCAAGUAUGGCCUCAUGAUCGCACAGUGACCUGGAUGUAACUACAGAUGGGAAUUGUCUCCCUCUCCCCUUCUGCACUUUGUGUUUGGUACCAAAGAGUCCUGCCAAGUUGCUGUGCAUCAGCUGAGCUGUGGCAACUGCUCUUCAGGAGUGCAAUUAGCAUCACUGAGCAAAUUAAUCCCCAUAUGUGCGUUGCCACAAGGUAAGAACAGAAGUACAGACCGCAGGGGGCUCAGCUGACUGACAGUAACUUGACAGGACAUGUGUCACUUGGCUGCAUGCUCCCUGGAACAACCAGGAAACGUUUCCAAAUGGGACUAG